AUGGAGCGGAAAUUUUUCUUACCAGUCAGAUCGUUAUACAGAGUCUUCGGAGCAUUCACGACACUGCAAGAAAUACAAAAAAGUGCACGAAGUCAAGAAAAAACCAGGUUCGUUGCACUUAAGGAUCUUUUCUUGUCACCUGAAAUCCACAUCAAAGGCCCCAUACUCUUGCCAAGCAGUGACUUAAAAACAGAGUUUUGGAAAUUUAGCAACGAAAGUAUACAUUACGAAUCAGGGAAUCUCGACGAAGUGGCGCGGCGUCUCGAAUUUUCAGAUGCUGACACGACUAUCGAAUCCAUCGCUAACUUUGAGGAUUCACCGCGUUUUAAAUCUAAGCUCAAAGCCGAAAGCUCGAUGAAAAAGAAAUCCAAACUGCAUAGAAAUGGUGAGUUUAUAGAUGCAUGACUUCUUUUACUGAUUUUUAUAUUUAUUUGUUUACUACUAAACAACAUUUUUUAAUGCUAGUAACUUUAUCAAUGAACGGUAUUGACAGAUGUGUAUUAAUGAUGAAUAUUUCAAAUUUAUGGUCGUAAAGAAGUUAAUUUACGUUGAAUUGAUGAAACUAUGUCCAAACGUCAUCCUAAUUUAGACGAUUUAAAUCAUUUUUCUGUAAGUCCUUCAAAUUCAACUAAUUGUCGACGAUUAAUAAUUUUCGAAUGUCCGACCGUUGUGAGUAUUUAAUGCCAUAUUUUCGCACACGCCACGUAGUUGGCUAUUCAUAAUGCACCGGCGCAGUCGAAAAUGAACUUGAUCUGGCGCAAGAACAUGUGUUGAAGUCGAGUUCGUCGUCUAUAAAGCCGACGCGAAUCGAGCGAAAGUAUAUAGAAGGGAAAACGUUACGCGGUACCCCCGCAGGUGCUUUGGGUCGUUCGUUUGAACGGGUAAGUAAGAGCGUAGACUUUGAAAAUUUCGCUCGGAAACCCAAAAUAGCGUCUCGUCGCCAACUCGCCCAGAAGCAGCGGCACCUUGAGAACAGAUGACUCAGACUUCGCGGCUCGUACGCCAACUCUUGCUUGCGAUAGUGGGAGAUAUUCGAAUCUCGAGAUUUCGAAUCAAGCUCUUUUUCACCGGGGCGUUGGUGAAUGAAACUAUAGAAUAACUCCUGAGCGCUUUUUUACUGUAGGGAGAUAUUUAAGACUUGGGAGAUUCAAAAUUGAAGGGUGACUAAUUUGUUCCAGCAGUAUAGCCAAUAGACGAGAUGAUUUUAUUUGUUCGUCUGUGCCGAGUUAUUUUUGACGUAAACAUUUAGCUUACGAUGAUUUCGUUUAAAUAUUCGUUUUGUUGUUCAUAACACAAAACGUUGAUUAUAAUAUUUGUUGGUUAUCAUAUUUGGUAUUCGUUCAAUUUAUCGAACUAGUUAAGAAGAAAUAUCAAAUGUACUACGGAAAUGCAUACAAUCUUAAAUAACACAUGUAAAGGAAGUUGAAUCAAAAUUUAAAUAUAUCUUCUUAGUCAAUAAUUUAGUAUACGAUUUGAUUCGUUUUUACGUUUAAUAACAAUAUAACUUUUUAAGUGUUUGAGAAUCAUAUAUGUAAAAAUCAUUACAGUAUUUUUAGCCAGGUAUA